GAUUGGGUGUUUAAGAAAUCAAAUUCUCAAGAAGAAUUGAUUCUUGAUUUUGCGUAUUGCUUUGACAUAUUAAGAGAAUUUGUUAAUGUGAUGGAGGGAAAAAAAUUUAGUGGAAGUUCUCUUGAGGAUGCGAAGUUCAAUAUUCACAAAAAACGCAUCAAAAUUACAUCUCAGGAUAGCGUGAAGGAUAUAUGUGAAAAAGUGAUGAUGAAAAUUAUGGAUAUUGAUAAUGAAAAAGAUGCCCUCGAGACUGUGAGAUUAAUGAUUGAAUGGUAUAUGAAGAAUAGACACGAUGACGUAAGCGUAUUUGCAUUAUCUGCAACAUAUCGACCUAUGAAACAGAAUAUAUCAGUAAAAGAAUUCGUGAACUGCAUGGAAAAAAGAGGAAUAAAAAUUGAGCCAG